AGCUCAGUAUAUUUUGCUGAUUCAGCAACCCACGAUGCAACUGAAGGUGAAGCUGCUGAAAGGAGGGAGAGAGGAGGUCGUUGAGGUGAAGGAUGGAUCAGUGAGCGUGUUGGAGCUGAAGACCGUUCUGCAGGGGCUGUUCCAGAUACCAGCAGGGGAGCAGUCCCUUGUGAUGCGGGGUAAAGCUCUACUUGAUUCCAGUAAUCUUGACAGCUAUGGGGUAAAAGACGGGACCAAACUCUUCCUCACUCACAAGACACACACGGGGGCCACGCCCACCUCGGAAACCACGCCCACUGCCACCGAGGAGCACAUGGAGACCGGCGAGAGAGUAGUCCUGACAGUCAAACUGUUGCAGGGAGGGGCAGAGAAACAAGUUGAGGUAGCAAGUGAGGAGGUGACAGUUGGGGAGGUGAAGAGGCUCGUCGAGGCAGAGUGCGGUGUCCCAGCCCACCUCCAGUCUCUGGUUGUGGAGGGAAGAGCUCUCGAAGACUCUCACAGAUUACGUGACUACGGUAUCAAAUCAGGCGACAAGCUAUUUCUAGCGCAGAGAUCUCCCCCCUCUCCCUCCUCCUCGUCCUCACACCCUCACCCUCCCUCCUCCUGGACUAGGAGAUCAGAGUUCUUCGAUCGCAUGCAGACCUAUCUCACCCGACACUUCACUGAGGAACAGGCUGUGCUGAUUGUCUCCAAAAUGGAGCAGCAACUAAGGAGACAGGUGUAUGAAGUCAACCUGGACAGUAUUGAGGCUCUGGCAGCCACAAUUCUAUUGAAAAUGUAUUAGCUGUUUGCUCAUAAUAAUGAUCAUUGAAAAAAUUUUGUGGCCCAUCAAAUUUUUUGAGGUGCUCAAUAGUAAUCUGCACAAGCAUGUUGUCACGAGUUGUGAAAUUUUAAAUUUCAGGUAGACUUCUCCAAAACAUUUUUGACUGUACUCUGUACAAAAUGUGGUCUAACAUGCAAAAAAUGACGGAUACACUGAUGAGAUUCUUAAAAAUGAUGCUGACAUUAUCGCAUUGUCUCGAUCGUGCAUGCUGUGAAUGACUGAGUUCCGUGUACGAGAGUUUGCACUAGAGGUCAGUGAUUUCAUCGAAGCAGCCCGGAUGGCUGACCCAUAUCUUCCUGACCAGCUCCUUGUCCGGGAGGCUCUCCUCUCCCUCCUCCUGCGAGAUCCUGUUGAGGACCACCGUGAUCUCCUUCUGUCUGUGGCCGUGGGACCUGUAGUCUGUACUCCCCACCAAACGAUACAGCAGUUCCAGAUAGUGGCCUCGAAUCUGUCGCCCGGGGCAGAGGUCACUGAUCUGGCGGAGGACGAUGUCGAUGAGUACCAUGAGGUCGGUGGUGUAGAACAUUCC